CACAAAUGGACCCCCGAGGCCUAUCUCCCAGACAAAUUAAAAGUGACAGUGAUGAUGACGACCUGCCAAAUGUGACCUUAGAUAGCGUUAAUGAAACUGGAUCUACAGCGCUCUCCAUAGCCAGAGCAGUACAAGAAGAGAGCAUGUGGGGCUGUGCCAGGUCAGCUGUUAACCCUUUUCGUUUUUUCAACUCCAGUUCCAUUUCACCGUUCAGUAUUGAGAGCACAAGGCGUCAGAGAAGGUCGGAGUCUCCAGACUCCAGGAAGCGGCGCAUCCAUCGGUGUGACUUUGAGGGAUGCAACAAAGUAUACACAAAAAGUUCCCACCUGAAGGCUCACCGGAGGACGCACACAGGAGAAAAACCCUACAAAUGUACCUGGGAAGGCUGCACCUGGAAGUUUGCUCGCUCCGACGAACUGACGAGGCAUUACCGCAAGCACACGGGAGUGAAGCCAUUCAAGUGUGCAGACUGUGACCGCAGCUUUUCCCGCUCAGAUCACUUGGCGCUCCACCGCCGCAGACACAUGCUGGUUUGA